AUGUCCCGAGUGAACGGAAAUACGGGUAAGGACGUCAACAAUGUUGCUGAUAAAUAUAUAGCUGGGAGUUCAAUGGCAGGAAUGAAUAAUCUCCCUUCAAAAACAGUUCCUGGCAAACGGAUUCCAAAUAAAAUGGUACCAAGUAAGACUGUGCCUGGGAAGCGCAUACCAGGAAAGAGUAUUCCAGGUAAGACUAUCGCAGGCAAGACUGUGGUAGGGAACUCAAUGGUUCAAAAUAAUCCGUCAAUGCCCAAUGCAAAUAAAAUUAGAGGCGAUAAUACUACUCCUGCUGAUAAGAAUUUUACACUACAGGCAAAUAAUCCAAAUGUUAAUGACAAGGUUAGACAAGGAAACACCAUCAAUAACAACAAAAACAAUAAUGCAAGGAAUAAUAACAUGGAGAACAACCAAUCCCAACUCCAUAGCCAAUAUCCUUCUAAUGAUAUCAAUAGAUUACUAUUGGAAUUUCUAAACAAAAAGGGGUUUCAUAGAAUGGAAGUGAUGUUAAGAACAGAGAGUUCAAGAACUUUAACACCACAUAAUUACAAUUCUCCAGCAUUACCUAAAUACUCUAAUUUUAUCUCACCAGAAGAGAAUUCACAGCUCCUUUCAAAAUACAAGUCGACAAUUAGACCGGUUACAAAUCCGUAUCAAUCAACUCCCACAAAGAGAGAUUCGGAAGGUAAUCCGAUUCGCAAUAAAUCAGGCGAUUCUAUUAAUGUAGACGAUUAUAGAACAUAUCUUAGAAGUUUUAUCUUACUGAAAAAUUGGAUUUCAAAAAGUUUAUCAAUUCAUAAACCAAUUCUAACUGAUUUAGUUUUAUAUCCAGUAUUUGUCAUUAUGUUGAUAAAAUUUUACAGAUUAAAAAAUAUUGAAAUAUUGAAGAAAUUUUAUGAAGAAAACGUUAAAUUAGUCAUUGGAGAAAGUAAUAAAUUAAUAAUAAUAAAUCUAUAUGACGAUUUAAUUAAAUCAUCCAAUGAUAACUUAGAAGAUGAAAAAAAAGAAAAAACCAAUGAAUUCGAUCAAUAUAAUUUCCAAAUUUCCAUAUCACAACAGUUGUUUUUUUCUCUAAUAUCACACUUAAUGAAUAAUUAUAAACUUGGUGGCCAGAUUAUUCUGGGUUGUAUUUUUAGUAGAAUUGAAGUUCAAUUAGUUCAAUCGUUAAAGAAUAAUUCAAUUGAGUUAGUGAAGCAUAAUCAUGAAAAUGAAACUAAAGACUCUAAACAAGUCCAAUCAGACCAUACUUUCGAGAAUCUUUCAAAAGAGGGAGAAGAAAUAUCCAAAACAGAAGCUUCUGAAAAACUAGAGAAUGAGAGUGGUAACGACCUUAACAUCAAAGCUGAUAAAGAGAACGACGAAGCAGCUACAGACGAAAAUAUUCAAGACGAUGAUAUUGCUGAUAAAGACGAAAAAGUUAAAUCUGAAAUUCAGGUGGAUGAAAAAACUAGCAAUUCUGAAGUAAAAGUGAACGAAGAUGAUAGGAAUUCUCCAAUUAAUAAUGACAAGAAAGUGAACAGUGGUGAAAAGGGAGAACAACGGCCAAUGAAAGAACCUAAGAGUGAAGGCAAUGCUAAUUUAAACCCAAACAAUGAAAAAAAUGCAGCUCCUGAAGAUCAGAAUGAAGCUCAUACAUCUUUGCAGAGAUCAAAAGAAGACUUGGAGAAGGAGUCUGAGUCUAGAGUUUUAGAAAACGAAUUGAAUGACAAGCACAGAAUGCAAGUUGAUGAUAAUAAAGAAAAAGAAAAUGCAGAGAAGGAAAACAAGGAUACUCUAACAGAAUCACUACCAUCAUCCUCUGAUCUUCAAGAUGAGAUGAAUGGGGCAAACCAAGUAAAUGAUAAUACUGAAGAUGUAGUCAAUGUGAAAAAAUCUCCAAACUCUCUUGAACAGUCAGUGUAUAUUCAAGAUAAAGAAGACCCUUCAAAUGAUAAUUCGAAUGCCACUGUGAAUCUGAAUACAAAAACUGCAACAAAAGAGUCCAUAAAAUCGACAAUUUCUGUAUCGAAACUUCAAGGCAAAAUAAAAAAAUUCCAAGAAUUAGCAAAAUCAUUACAUUAUCUAGGCUGUCAAACUUCACUCCCAAGUGUUAGCAUGUAUACUUAUACUAAUACUGAAAAGAAUAUGUCAUCUCUUGACUUUAGCAGUGAUUAUACACUAGCGGCUACAGGAUUUCAAGACAGUUACAUAAAAAUUUGGUCUUUGGAAGGUACUUCAAUUAAUGAAAAUGAACAGAAUUAUAGUCAAAUCAAUUCAAUAUUUAAAACUUUGGUUGGUCAUUCCGAUGCUGUAUAUUCCGUUAAUUUCAGUCCAUGUAAUAGAUUUUUACUUUCUGGUUCUGGAGAUAAAACUGCAAGACUUUGGUCUACGGACACGUAUAAAGGAUUAGUGUCAUAUAAAGGCCAUGAAAAACCAAUUUGGGAUGUGAACUUUUCACCUACUGGUAACAAUUUAUUUGCCACAGCCUCGAGUGAUAAUACUGCAAGAGUAUGGUCAUGCGAUCGUGUAUACCCUGUUAGGAUAUUAGCUGGUCAUUUGAGUGACGUUGAUUGUGUUUCUUUUCAUCCAAAUGGCCAGUAUGUAUUUACAGGUUCCAGCGAUAAGACAAGCAGAAUGUGGGAUUUAAGCAGUGGUGACUCAGUCAGAUUAUUUAUCGGACACUCUUCUGCUGUUACGGCAACUGCAGUUUCACCGGAUGGCAGAUGGUUGUCUACAGCCAAUGAAGAUGGUACCAUUACUGUUUGGGAUAUUGGAAGUGGAAAAAAGCUAAAAAGCAUGCGUGGUCAUGGUAAGAAUUCUAUCUAUUCAUUAUCUUAUAACAAGACUGGUAAUAUUUUAGUAAGUUCUGGUGCUGAUAAUUCUGUAAGAGUUUGGGACAUUAAGAAAAAUACCCAUGAGCCAAGUUUAGAACCAGAGGAAAUAUAUCCAGGAUUAGGGAAUGACAACGUUACAUCUAUGAAUCAAGACAUCAAAGAAUAUGGUAGACGCAGAACAAUUGUGGCUACCAAUGAUUUGAUGGCCACCUAUUUCACUAAAAAAACGCCUGUAUAUAAAGUUAAAUAUACUUCAGCAAAUCUAUUAUUAGCUGGUGGAGCAUCAAUUGCUUAA